AUGGCCCCAAACCCCCAUGCAGAAUCUGCGACGACGAGGUCCAUAUCUGAGGAAGCGUCUGGUUCAUCCUCAGAGUCGGGACACUCCUUCCAAUCUACCGGAGAGCUUUCCGACUCGGAUUCUCUCGAUAGCGCUGCCUCGCGCAAGAGACGAAAAGUCUCGCCAAUCGAAGACGAUGUGCCACAGCUGCACUCGAUUUCUGUCCCUUCGCGGAUGAAGGCAAAGAUACGAAAUAAUGCAAUUAAUAAGGAGACCAACAAUGGAGCAGUCCUGGCACCCACGGAUCCAAAUACCUCGUUCGCAUCCUUGACGGUGAAGCCAUGGCUGGUCAAGUCUUUGGAAGCAAUGGCUAUCAAACGGCCAACUGGUAUUCAGAAAGGAUGUAUACCCGAGAUCUUGAAGGGAAAGGAUUGUAUAGGAGGUAGUAGGACGGGUUCAGGAAAGACGGUGGCCUUUGCGGUUCCUAUAUUGCAAAAAUGGGCAGAAGAUCCUUUCGGAAUAUUUGCAUUGGUUCUGACACCCACAAGAGAAUUGGCUCUACAGAUCUACGAGCAAUUCAAGGCCAUCUCAUCCCCACAGCAGCUGAAGGCAGUCUUGAUUACUGGAGGAACGGAUAUGCGACCACAGGCCACAGCUCUUGCUCAGCGACCGCAUGUAGUUAUUGCAACUCCCGGACGAUUAGCAGACCAUAUUCGGACAUCGGGAGAAGAUACAAUAUGCGCUUUGCGGAGAGUCAAGAUGGUGGUUUUGGAUGAAGCAGAUCGAUUAUUGGCAGGUGGAAGUGUAGGAAGUAUGCUACCAGAUGUUGAAGAGUGCCUCUCUAUUCUACCUCCACCAGCAAAACGCCAAACUCUGCUCUUCACAGCAACUGUCACUCCAGAAGUACGAGCAUUGAAAGAGAUGCCUCGAACACCAGGAAAACCACCAGUCUUCGUCUGCGAAGUCGAUACUCAGACUCUGGCAAUACCUGUCUCUCUGAAGCAAAUGCAUCUCCAAAUUCCCGUCACACAUCGAGAACACUACCUUCACAUGUUCCUCCUCACCGACGCCAACCUCCCAAAAUCCAUCAUAAUCUUCUGCAAUCGAACAGCAACAGCAGACUACCUCACACAUCUCCUCCGCCUCCUAGACCACCGAGUCACAGCCCUCCACUCCAAGCUCCCCCAACGGCAACGAAUCGAUAACCUAGGUCGAUUCCGAGCCUCAGCAGCCCGAAUCCUAGUCGCCACCGACGUCGCAGCUCGAGGUCUCGAUAUCCCCGAAGUUGGCCUCGUAAUUAAUUACGAUAUCCCCCGCGACCCAGAUGAUUACAUCCAUCGGGUCGGACGUACAGCCAGAGCAGGCAGGAAAGGAGAAGCACUUACAUUUGUCGGACAACGAGAUGUGCAGCUCGUGCAAGCGAUUGAAGCCCGAGUUGGCAGACAAAUGGAAGCAUGGGAAGAAGAAGGCGUGAAUCUAGAAACGAGAGUCAUUCGAGAGGCAUUGAAGCUAGUGGGAGAAAAGAAACGCGAGGCUAUGCUAGAGAUUGAGGAAGGGAGGGAAGUCGGCGGGAAGCGGAAGCGAGGUAUGCAGAAAUUACGAGCUUAG